AUGCACGCCGCACUCUCCGGAGAGCGAUCAUUUGUCCGGGACGAGAUGAAAAUCGCGAUCGUGUUUGUGGGCCUGCUGGCCUUAAGUGUCGCCGAGAAGGCGCGCUUCGACAACUACCGAGUGUACAAGCUCACAGUGACCAGUGAUGAGCAGCUGAUGCGGAUGCAGGAGCUGGAAGAUCAGGACCGUGGAUACCUGUUCUGGGAUUAUCCGUCUGCCGUGGGCCAGGAAGUGGACAUCAUGGUGCCGCCGCACAAGCGGCCCGACAUCGAAGAGUUCUCCACCGCCAAUGGCAUCCCGAUGGAGCUGAAGAUCAAUAAUGUGCAGCAGCUGAUCGAUCAGGAGAAUCCUCUGGUGCGUCCGCGCGCCUUCGGCUGGACCGCUUACUACCGCGUGCACGAGAUCUACGCCUGGCUGGACCACAUCAUUGAGGAGUUCCCGCAGCAAGUGACGGGAUUCGUGGCCGGUCGGUCCCAUGAGGGACGCGAUAUUCGUGGCCUCAAGAUCUCCUACAAGGCUGGCAACAAGGGCAUGGUGAUCGAGGGACACAUCCAUGCGCGCGAGUGGAUCUCCUCCGCCACGGCCACGUACGUGAUCAACGAGCUGCUCCGCUCCAACGAUCCCGAGAUCCGGGACAUUGCUGAGAAUGUGGACUGGUACAUCAUCCCAGUGACGAAUCCUGACGGCGUAGAGUACACCAAGGAUGAGAAUCGCAUGUGGCGCAAGACCAGACGUCCCAAUGCUGGAUCUACGUGUGUGGGAACCGAUCCCAACAGGAACUACGCCUACAACUGGAUGCAGGGAGGCGCCAGCACCAAUCCCUGCAGUGAGACCUACGCUGGUCCCAAUGCCUUCUCCGAGUCCGAGACCAGAACUGUCACGGACUACGUGAACUCUGUCAUUGAGAACAUUCGCGUCUACGUCUCCUUCCACAGCUAUGGCCAGUACAUUCUCAGCCCUUGGGGACACACAACGACUCAGGCACCAAACCAUGCUGAUCUCAUGGCGAUCAUGGAAGCCUCCAGAACCAGGAUUCAGGCCGUUUAUGGCACUCAGUACACCAUUGGACCCACUUCCACGACACUCUACGUUGCCUCUGGAACUAGCCACGAUCACUUCUACGGUGAGGCGUCCAACAACAUCAGAGUGGCGUACACUUUCGAGUUCCGCGACAGAGGAUCGUAUGGCUUCAUCCUCCCGGCCAGUCAGAUCAUCCCGAACGCAAUCGAGACGGUGCAAGGCCUCAUCGGCUUCGUGCAGAAGACCAGGGAGCUGGGCUACUUCGACUAGAAUCGAUGUCACAACACGAGGUAUCACUGUACAGUACACGGUGUAAAUAAAGAGCAUA